AUGUCGCCUAUCCCACUUCAUGGACGAUUAUUUCAUAUACGAGCUUUCCUGCUACUCGUACUCCUGCCAUUGUUCUUGUCUGGGCUGGAAGAUGACAUAUUUUACUUCACUUCUUUCAAUAACGUGUCCGAGUGGGCAGAUGUUUAUUCAACUUGCGACAUCAAUUUUACUUACCAGUACCGCUUUGAGAAGGUCACUUACCUUCAUUUUUCAAAUGCUGAUGGAUAUGCACCACCGUCGCCCGCACCUGAUGAAAACUGGACUCCCUUGUUUCUUAGUCUGGACGUGCAAAAUCUUCCAAAUACGCUGUCUCCAAUUGAAAUCAAUCACAAGGACACUCACUGCAUGGUCGAGUCUACGAAAAGGAAUUGUUUGAAUUUUGACCCCCACACACAGAAUGAAUCUGUCCUCAUGAUUUACAACAAUCCACCCCCACCACUCGGCUCAUUUAAAGUUUCCUUUGGAUUCCAAAAAAAUAAAGAGUGUGUUACCAACAGUCAAUUCGCACCUUGUUACGUAAAUCCAGAGUUUGGUAGAAUUCGUGGAGUUGUUCUAACUGCGGACCGUGAAAAUCUACGCAGUGUUCGCGAACAAUUCACGGUGGAGAAGCCCAACGAUUACAUCUCCAUUAUCAACGGAGGUAGCCCAAAUGAAAAAAAGUUUUACGAAGCCAUUUUCAUGGGGUCGAGUGAACCGCUGGAUUGUAAAGAUAAACGAAGUAGCCACAUUAUUGAUGGGAAAUGUUAUCCAAUGGAAAUUUACAUGUAUUUUGUGGACGAAACAAUACCUACGAUGGCUCUUACAACUAUACUCGUUGUGCAAGUGGAAUUGGGUGAAACCGAGAAUCCGAAUAUUCGACCAGUUGUUGACGCUGUAUCAAAUUUGUAUAAUGAAGAACGACUGUUUCUAGCAAAAUACGAUCACCAAACGCGAGAUAAUCGAAUGUUUCAUCAUAUGGGACCAUCUUCCGUGCUUCGCAAUACCCACAAUGAAACGGAUACUGACUAUUUUUUCAUUCCCUCGAGUAUCGACGUCGAACGACAAAUUACCUCGAUGAUGGACCAUUUUGAGAGGGUUCAGACCUAUAAGGCCAAGACAUUCUUCACAUUUGAGCUGUAUGAAAGUACCAAGGAAAUUGAAAACAAAUUAGUAAGGAGUGCUGUUUUCCAAACGGUGCCGCCAUUAAAAAAUGAGCUACUACUAAAUACAACUACAAAUAAGCCAAUUCAACUUCCCAAAUUGCUUGACAAGUUAAAUUUGACUGAAUAUCAAACUGAAAAUCCAAGAACAGUGUCGGAUUUGACUAUACUGAAAAUGCGACUUCAACGAUACCUCGUAACUGCGGCAUACAAUAAUCAUCUUGACCAUCUACUGAGAGAAAAUAUCACAUUAAAUAUUCCAAAACUGGACAACGCUUGGCCAGGAGCAUAUGAAGGAAAUCCUAUGAAACCUAAUUUCACUUUUACAGACCUGGUCAAUAAGUUUCUCAACCACCGGUACAAAGUUGAAGAAAUUCUGAAACAGGAAGGAAAUGAGAGCUCGACACUCGAGGUUUGUAUGCGUCAUGACUCCAUCCAUGUGGUUUUUCCUCCCUGAUUAAUCAACAACCGAUUGAUAAAUUAUCGCAUAAAAUAUCGCUUUGUUUUAUCAUAAAUAUGCAGGGCAAAAUUAAACAAUUCAUGACUGUCAAAGACGUAUUUAACGAGGAGUGGCAUAAAAAAAGAACGGCUAUGUUUGAUGCAAUGAGAUAUGUCAUUGAGGAUGGUUGUAUACAUUUCAAUGUUGCAAACAAAGUAACGGCUGACGAGUUAAACAACGACACACUUUAUAACGAAGGUGGAG